UCUGCCCACUCCUCCUCAGCGGCGACAAGGUCACACAACCAACCAAGGCCGGCCGCCGCCAUGGCUUCGCCGGAGACCAGUAGCCGGCGACGGCAGCUAGGACCUCCACCUCCGCCCGCUGCCUCUCGCCGAGGCGGUUCCACUCGGUGGCUUUGUGCUCUGCGGAACAGCAAGAGCCAAGAGGUAAACCAGAAAAGCGGGAAAGGGAUAAGGAAACCAUCUCAGAGAGAAAAGCCGAUGCCUUAUUCGGUAACCUUUGAAUCAGCUCGCUGCUGCCGGUGCCCGAUUCCUUGCCUACUAAUUCCUUUCCUUGUUGUUCACCAAAGGGCCUGCUAUGGGAGGACACCAAGCAUAGGUAUACAUGCCUUGCUUCACCCUAGAAAAACAGAAUGCGUGUGCCCUGAGAUGCCAUGCCUUGCACCAACAUAGGUUCGGCAAAGUAUCAGCUCACCAAUGCCAAUACCACGCAAUGGAUGAUCCCACACCUAUUUCUGCUUGCAACCGCCUGCAUCACCGGGUCUAUAAGUACCUCCCUAUCCUCUUCACCCAAACAUCGACAACACCUGCGCCUGCAAUCAUCUGGCUGGUCUUGUGUUUCACCAAUCUCUGCCUCCCUGCUCUCUCGCUCGCAACUGCAAUCAUCUGCGCCCUUGAUUUCAGCAUGGAGGUAGCCAUAGGUGCGGCGCGAUGGGUGGUGGGCAAGGCGCUGGGCCCUGUCGCCGACGGCUUGCUGGAGGCGUGGGCUGCCAGCAAGGAGCUAGGCCCUAACGUUGACGCGCUAAAGAUGGAGCUUCUCUAUGUGCAGGGGAUGCUCAACAACUCCCGCAGCCGGAACGUUGACAACCCUGCACUUAACGUGCUGCUGCAGAAGCUGCGGGACCUCGCGUACAGUGCCGAGGAUGUGCUGGACGAGCUCGACUACUUCCGUAUCCAGGACCAGCUCGACGGCACCUACGAGGCCGCCGACGAGCAUGCCAGGGGCUGCGUGUGCAAUCUCUACCUCAACGCUCAUCACACCGCUAGAGCUGCUGGCAAACUGCUCUGCUUCUGUCCAUUUUUGCGUACGGCUAGCCGUGUUGAUCCAAGCGAGCCAAGGGAAGAAGAUACAAGGCAACAAGUACUCUGCUGCGCUUGGCCAUGUGCCAAGCAGCGGAGUGCACGCUCAAACACCCCGUCAGCGCCACACAACCACCAGGCCAACGAAGAGGUCAGAAGAUGCAUGCGCAAGCUCGCUUCUGGUGCUUGCAACACCAUCCGUCAUGUUGGCAUGGAAGAACCGGAGUUCAAAGAAGAAUUCUAUGGAGACGAACAUGCGAACUAG